AUGGGCAUCCUCGCAGCAACAACCUACGCUCUAUUGGCAACCAUGAUAACGGGAGCAAUAGCACAAGAUCAGAAGCCGAUAGCCGACUACGCAUGCACGCACCCACCAUACAAAGUCCACGUCGUUUCGAAGUCGCCUUUAGUCAUUUACCUUGCCGACUUCCUAACACCGAUGGAGAGGGGCCAUCUCCUGAGCAUGGCCAGCGGAACAUUUACCCAUUCGAGUGUCAUUGAUGCAUCUGGCGGUAAAACCACACACAACGUGCGCACAUCACGUAGCACGAGCCUCUGGCGCAACGACGUGGUCCGGUGUAUCGAGGAGCGCGCCGUGGCCUUCCAAGGCUACAGCAUACCAAAGACCCAUUUGGAGCCGCUCCAACUCGUCAAGUAUGGAAAAGGCGAGCGAUAUCAUUUCCAUACAGACUGGUUCACCGACCCCACCCACACCAAGGCCCAUCUUGGCGGCAACCGGCUUUCUUCGUUCUUCGGCUACGUUUCUGCGGCUAACAUUACCGGCGGAGGAACUAACUUCCCCAUGCUUGACGCACCGAACGACGAUCGAUGGUGCACAUUUAUUGAUUGUGAUGAACCUUGGGAGAACGGCAUCACAUUCCGGCCGAUAGAGGGCAAUUUUGUUUAUUGGGAGAACUUGCUUAUCGACGGCUCCGGAGACCACCGGAAUCUGCACGCUGGGCUACCGGUAGUGAGCGGGGAGAAGGUUGGUAUGAACAUCUGGACGAGACAAGCUCCCCUAAGCAAGGAUAUUCGGGGGGAGAGCUAA